GGUCCAUAAACGUGCAAAAAAAGAACUUGACCAACAUCCAGCCAUCUUGACCGAACAAGCUUGGUCAAUAACCCAAAUAUACAAUCAUCACGGCAUUAUGCGUUGGGCAGCCUGUGUGCAUUUUUCCGGCACACGGGCUCACUGCUCGUGAUAUUUUGGCCAGCGGAUGUUCUCACUAGUCUCAGUCUUCUCGCCAAACAUUUCGCAGAAAACUCGAAAACAUGGCGGAAUUGGCCAUGCUCAACUACAUGUAUCUUGAGAUCAGCUGCUUGUAAACUGAUUAAUUCUCGCGAUUGUCUACAGUGAAGAUGGCCAGAAAUGUGUUCUUAAAGCUGGGGGAGCUAAGGGAGGUUGCUCUACAGGCCAUCGAAAACACCGAAGGCAAAAAUAACACACCACCAGACGAUGGCGCUGAAAGCACCAACAAGUUUGUGUCGUCGAUUGUGAUUAAUCUCGCAGUAGCUGUCGUAGCACUGGGAUUAUUCUCUUUCUUACGGCCAAGACUAAAGCAAAUUUACUCUCCGCGCCAGCUUUUGCUGGAUGUGAUGUUCCCGCUGGGAAAGCUACCAAAUUCGUUCUUCGCGUGGAUAAUUCCCGCCUUCAUGGCAAACGACGAUGAUGUGUUCUACUAUGCUGGUAUCGAUGCUCUUGUUUACAUGCGUUUUUUACGACUCUGUGUGAAGAUAUCCCUGGUAAUCAUGCCGUAUGGAAUCGCUGUUCUUCUGCCCCUGAACUAUUUCGGCCAAGGAGAUUUACACGGCCUGGAUAGGAUUGCAAUGUCGAACGUUGCACCUCAGUCGUCGAAAUUUUGGGCACAUGUGAUAUCAGCAUGGUUUUACACAAUAAUUAUUUGUUAUCUUUUGUAUGAGGAAUGGAAGAUAUACAUAAUGUAUCGCCAGGAAUACCUGACUAAUGGAAGAGGGCACCAAUAUGCAGUGUUAAUCAGGGAUAUACCUGUGAAGUACCAAAAUGAACAGAGCAUGAAAAGUUAUGUUGAAGAACUUUUCCCAGACCAGGUGGAGGAUGUGAUAAUGGUUGAGGAUCUAAGGAAAUGGCAGAAUUUAAUCGAUAAACAUGACAGUUUGGUGUGGAAACUGGAACGUUCUAAAGCUAUUUAUGACACCACUGGAGAAAGACCAACCCAUCGCUCCUAUCCCUGUGGCACUAAGCUUGACUCCAUCACACACUAUGAGAGAGACUUGACGACACUACAAACCAAGCUAGAGGAUGAUGUUAACCAAGAGCAUUACACUCUUCCAUGUGCUUUUGUGAUUUUCCGAAGUUUGCGUAUGGCAACGACAGCCUUGCAAGUAGAAUGGGACAACUCCCCAUUGCAUAUAGAAAAGAUGCAAGCACCAGAGGUGUCAAAUGUAAUUUGGAGCAAUCUUGGUGUUGGUCUUUGGCGAAGAAAAUUCUGCACAGCACUGAUUUAUGGUGCCAUAUUUUGGCUGGUGUUUUUCUGGACAGUUCCUGUUGGUUUCAUCUCAUCUUUAAUUGCUUUACAAAACCUUGCAAAAGUGGUCCCUUUUCUAGAACCAGUGCUAUCUUAUUCUGAAUUUGUGAGGGGGAUUAUUGAAGGUUUUUUGUCCAGUAUAACAUUGUGGGUAUUCUUCGCAGUUUUGCCACUGAUUCUGGAAAAGAUUACCAAGUUUGAAGGAAUACCGUGCCAGAGUGAAGUGGACAAGUCUGUGUUGGGAAAACUCUUCAUCUUUGUGAUUGUCAAUCAGUUUCUGUUCCUGACUGUUGGGUCAGGAGCUUUGGCGAAACUGAAAGAAAUGUUAAGAAAGCCAGAGGAGAUACCAACCUUCCUGGCGGAAUCCCUGCCGGCACGGGCCACUUUCUUCAUUUGCUACAUCAUGCUGCGCUCCUUUACAGGCUUUUCAUUGGAACUCCUGCGAGUUGUUUAUCUGAUUGUUAUCCCUAUCAAACGGAAGUGGUUUUGUUACACUCCCAGAGAGGACGAGGCGGCCUGGAGACCACCUUAUGUGAUGUACGAUCGAGUGUACACCGACCAUUUGUUCGUUCUGAUCUUGGGCAUCUCGUACUCAGUCCUCGCUCCGCUCAUCACUCCGUUCGUUGCCAUUUACUUUGGGUUUGGUUAUGUCGCGUGGAUGCAUCAGAUACUGUGUGUUUACAUCCCAGUCUACAGCUGUGGCGGACGCAUGUGGCCAAUUGUGUUCAACAGGUAAGAGUUCAUUUGUACAAUCUCAAACUCAUUUUCAUUUUUGAAGUUUCUCCGUUUUACAAUUCCCUGGCCGGGCUCCCAUUCUCGCCAUUGUCAGCCACCCACACUUGACCUGAUGGUUUGCUGUCAUUUGUCGAGUACUGUUCUGCAAAACAAACUCUUUGGAAUGCUAUUUUAAUUUGUUUUGUGUGAUUUCCCAGCCAUCAGUAUCAGUGUAAGGUUUACAGAUCUCAGAUCUAAGCUUUCAGUUGAAAAGUGCGUCAUUCCUCUGCUGGUAGUUAAAAUUUUUGACCAAUUCUCAACUAUCAGUUAAACUCCAUCCAGACCCUUUUUGGUUUUUCUGUGAUUUUAAACUCA